GUCAAAGGUCAGGGCAGGUGCGAAACGGCCCUAUUAUGACGUGAUUCGCUAGACAUUAGUCUUUUAAAUAAAUUUUUAUUGUAAACGUAUACGUAAAUGCUUUUUUUGAGUAUUCCAAUGGCGAUUGCUCUCAGGUACCUUUUGCAGGAUGCACUUCCUCCUGGUGGCUUUCCUGGCUUGCCUGUUGGUGCCCCACACACAGGGAGAUUCCAAAGCUAUCACAACAUCUCUCACCACAAAGUGGCCCUCCACUCCGCUUCUCCUGGAAGCCAGUGAAUUCUUCGCUGAGGAGAGUCAGGAGUUAUUCUGGAAUUUCGUGGAGCUCAACCAAAAUAUAGACGACGAACACGAUGGCACCGACCAAUCGUAUUACCAGCUGAUCCUGGAGCGGGCGGGGACGCUGCUCAGCCAAUUGCAGCUCAGCAUGCUUCGAUUCUCCCUUUCGCUGCGGGUCUACUCCUCCACCGUGUACGCCUUCCAGCAGAUCGCCUCCAACGAGCCCCCCCCCGAGGGGUGCCAGGCCUUCUUCAGCGUUCACGGCCAGCGGUCCUGCAGCGUGGAGCACCUGAAGGCCCUGCUGGAGAGCGCCCCCGACAGGCCAAAACCAUUCCUGUUCAAGGGAGAUCAUAAGUUCCCAGGCUCUGACCCCGACGCCCCCGUCGUAAUCCUCUAUGCCCAGAUGGGGAGCAGAGAAUUCCCCCGACUCCACCAGCUGUUUGUCUCCAAGGCCAACAAGGGGGAGGUGACCUACGUACUGCGUCACUUCAUGCCCAAUCCCAGCAGCAGCAAAGUGUUUCUCUCUGGCUACGGGGUGGAGCUGGCGAUCAAGAACCAGGAGUAUAAGGCCAAGGAUGACACCCAGGUCCAAGGAGCUGAUGUGAACGCCACUGUGAUUGGAGAGAGCGAUUCCGUGGAUGAAGUUCAGGGCUUCCUCUUCGGGAAAUUAAAAACCUUGUACCCAGAGCUGAAGGAGCAGCUUAAGGAGCUUCGCAAACACCUAGUGGAGAGCACCAACGAGAUGGCCCCCCUAAAAGUCUGGCAGAUGCAAGACCUCAGCUUCCAGACGGCCGCCCGGAUCCUGGCCGCCCCGUCUGUGGAUGCCUUGACGGUGAUGCGGGACCUCAGCCAGAACUUCCCCAACAAGGCCAGAUCCAUAACGAGAACCAUGGUGAACUCGGAGAUUCGUAGAGAAAUCGAGGAAAACCAAAAGUACUUUAAGGGAACCCUGGGCUUGCAGCCUGGAGACUCUGGCCUCUUCAUCAACGGCCUCCACAUCGACCUGGACCUUCAUGACAUCUUCAGCCUGCUGGAGACGUUGAGGAACGAGGCGCGGGCCAUGGAGGGUCUGCAUAGCCUGCACCUGGACUCGCCCGUCAUCCACGACAUGCUGCAUCUGAACGUGCAGCCCUCGGACUCGGACUACGCCGUGGACAUCCGCAGCCCCGCCGUCUACUGGAUAAAUAACCUGGAGACAGACGGUCGCUAUGCCUCCUGGCCCGCCAACGUGCAGGAGCUGCUGCGCCCUACCUUCCCGGGGGUCAUCCGCCAGAUCCGCAAGAACUUCCACAACCUGCUGAUCAUCUUGGACCCUGUGCACGAGAACACCGUAGAGCUGUUGAGCGUCGCCGAGAUGUUCCUUAGCAACAACAUCCCGCUCCGGAUCGGCUUGGUGUUCGUGGUGUCCGACGCCGACGAGGUUGACGGCAUGGAGGACGCCGGCGUGGCCAUGCUGCGGGCCUUCAACUACAUCGCCGACGAGAUAGACAACCAACACGCCUUUGAUGCGCUGAUAUCCAUGUUCAACAGAGUCCCAAGUGGGGGGUCGCUGAAGGUGGAGCACGUGGUGGGGGUGCUGGAGAAGAGGUACCCCUACGUGGAAGUGGGCAGCAUUCUGGGGGCCGACUCCUCCUACGACAAAAACAGAAAGGAAGGGAGGGCGUAUUACCAGCAGACGGGCGUGGGACCCCUCCCUGUGGUGCUGUACAAUGGCAUGCCCUACCAGAGGGACCAGCUGGACCCCGAUGAGCUGGAGACCGUGACCAUGCACAAGAUCCUGGAGACCACCAGCUUCUACCAACGGGCCGUGUACCUGGGCGAGCUGGGAAGCGAUCAGGACGUGGUGGACUUCAUCAUGAACCAGCCCAAUGUGGUCCCCAGGAUCAACUCCAGGAUCCUGUCCCCCAAUAGGCCGUAUCUGGACCUCUCCAGCACCCACAAUCACUUCAUUGACGACUACGCCCGCUUCCUCUUCCUGAACACCAAGGAGAAGAGCGGGGCGGUGGCCAACAGCAUGAGCUACCUGACCAAGAAAGGAAUGGGCUCCGUGGACAGCUAUGAUGACGGCGUCAUCCGACCCGUGACGUUCUGGGUCGUGGGCGACUUUGACCAGCCCGACGGACGCCAGUUGCUCUACGACGCCAUAAGGCACAUGAAAUCCAGCAACAACGUGCGCUUGGGCCUGAUCAACAACCCGGCCGAGGGCCCCUCCAACGGCACCAGCCGCGUGGCGCGGGCGAUCUGGGCCGCGCUGCAGACCCAGUCGGCCAACAACGCCAAGAACUUCAUCACCAAGCUGGCCAAGGAGGAGACGGCCAUGGCGCUGGGCGCAGGGCUGGACAUCGUGGAGUUCGCCGUCGGGGGCAUGGACGUGCCGCUGUUCAUGAGUGUCUACGAGUCGGCCAAGGUGGGCUUCCUGUUGUCGCAUGCGGCCUACUGUCGUGACGUGUUGAAACUGAGGAAGGGGCAGAGGGCGGUCAUCAGCAACGGGAGGAUUAUUGGUCCAUUGGAUGAAGGGGAGAUCUUUAACCAAGACGACUUCCUGCUUCUGGAAAGUAUCAUCCUAAAGACAUCGGGGGAGAGGAUAAAGAGCAAGAUCGAGAACCUUGGCCUGGAGGAGGACGGGGCCAGCGACCUGGUGAUGAAGGUGGACGCCUUGCUGUCCUCACAGCCGAAAGGAGAGGCCCGCGUGGAGCACACCUUCUUCGAGGACAGAUACAGUGCGGUGAAGAUCAGACCCAGGGAGAAUGAGGUAUACUUCGACGUGGUGGCUGUGGUCGACCCCGUCACCCGGGACGCCCAGAAGCUGGUCCCCCUACUGACGACCCUGAAGACACUGGUCAACAUCAACCUGCGGGUGUUCAUGAACUGCCAGUCCAAGCUGUCCGACAUGCCACUGAAAAGUUUCUACCGCUACGUCCUGGAGCCGGAGAUCUCCUUCACCGCGGAUGGGACCUUCGCACCGGGUCCCAUGGCCAAAUUCCUGGACAUGCCCCGCACCCCCCUGUUCACCCUCAACCUGAACACCCCCGAGAGCUGGAUGGUGGAGUCCGUUCGCACGCGCUACGACCUGGACAACAUCUACCUGGAGGAGGUGGACGGCGUGGUCUCCGCGGAGUACGAGCUGGAGUACCUGCUCCUCGAGGGUCACUGCUUCGACGUCACCACGGGGCAGCCCCCCCGCGGCCUGCAGUUCACUCUGGGCACGGCGGCCGACCCCGUCAUCGUGGACACCAUCGUCAUGGCCAACCUGGGCUACUUCCAGCUCAAGGCCAACCCUGGAGCCUGGAUCCUGAAGCUCCGGAAGGGAAGGUCUGAUGACAUCUACAAGAUCUACAGUCACGAAGGGACGGACUCCUUGCCCGAGGCUGACGACCUCAUCGUGGUCCUCAACAGCUUCAAGAGCAAGAUCAUCAAAGUGAAGGUCCAGAAGAAACCUGACAAGAUAAAUGAGGAGCUUCUCAGUGACGGCACUCCGGACGAUGAGGCUGGGCUCUGGAGUUCACUGAAACGGACCUUCACGGGAACAGAAAAGGUGGAUGAAAGUAAGGAAGAGAAGGAUGACAUCAUCAACAUCUUCUCCGUGGCAUCGGGGCACCUCUACGAGAGGUUCCUGCGGAUCAUGAUGCUGUCAGUUCUGAAAAACACCAAGACACCUGUCAAGUUCUGGUUCCUCAAGAACUACCUCUCUCCCUCGUUCAAGGAGUUCAUCCCCUACAUGGCGGAGGAGUACGGCUUCCAGUACGAGCUGGUCCAGUACAAGUGGCCGCGCUGGUUACACCAGCAGACCGAGAAGCAGCGAAUCAUCUGGGGCUACAAGAUCCUCUUCCUGGACGUGCUCUUCCCAUUGGCCGUCGACAAGAUCUUAUUCGUCGACGCCGACCAGAUAGUGCGCACAGACCUGAAGGAGCUGCGAGACUUAGACCUGGAUGGGGCCCCCUACGGCUACACCCCCUUCUGCGAGAGUCGCCACGAGAUGGAUGGCUAUCGGUUCUGGAAGUCAGGUUACUGGGCCAGUCACCUGGCCGGCCGCAAGUACCACAUCAGCGCCCUCUAUGUGGUGGACCUGAAGAAGUUCAGGAAGAUUGCGGCUGGGGACCGACUGCGAGGACAGUACCAGGGCUUGAGUCAGGACCCCAACAGCCUGUCCAACCUCGACCAGGACCUGCCCAACAACAUGAUUCACCAAGUGCCAAUCAAAUCGCUCCCCCAGGAGUGGCUGUGGUGUGAAACUUGGUGCGAUGAUGCCUCCAAAAAGGCAGCCAAGACCAUUGACUUGUGCAAUAAUCCUCAGACAAAGGAGCCCAAGCUCCAAGCUGCUGUCCGCAUAGUGGCCGAGUGGAGCGACUACGACCAGGAGAUCAAGCGCAUCUACAACAAGUUCCUGGAGGAGAAGGAGAGGGUCGGCGUCGCCAGCGGCAACAAGACGACACCUGGGACCAAGACAGAUCCCUCACAGCACACUGAGCUGUAGGCAUCAGCCUCUCUGCAAGGACACGCUCCGCUCUGUUUAAAGAGCUGUGUGCUCCUUUCUGGUUGGUCCUUUUUUUCUGUUUUUUUUUUUUAAUUUUUUUUUUAAAAACAGAAUCAGUUUUUUUUUCUUAAGUCAACAGUCCUGCUGAACGACUCGACCACCGGCAACAUUGAAUGCAGAUGUCACUCUUUCUGUGGGAGUCGCUGUGGACCACUGGGGGUCCGGUUGGUGGUUGGCAGUGGGAUUGGAUUUGUGAGUGGGGCUUCCUGUGUGGUGCAUGAUGAUUGAGAAUGAAGGGAAGAACCAACCUUUGGGGUCAUAGGAUGAGAACAGAUUCAAAGUACUGAGUGAUAUUGUUCCAUAAUCGUUACUUUUAUUGAUUACAUCUACUAGCGGAGUGCAGUUCAAAGAUCUGGUCGUGACAUGGACCUGUGAAAAGGGACGCAGGUUAUCUGACAUUAAAAGCCCUCAACGUUAACCUUAGCUAGUCUUUAUGGCAGUUUUUAUCCAAUCAGGUAAGUGGGCUCAGUGUCACGUGAUGAAUAGUACUGCGACAGCUUGGGCAGAGCCCCGCCCACUUCGGCAGAGUUUAUGCAUGAUCGUAAAUUAAAUCUGUCAUUGCUGUUCUCCAUCCAUCUAUGGGCCAGUUCAUGCAAGGUGAGGGUUUCUGGGAUUGAUUUGCUUUUUUUUGGUAUGCAUCUCAGGGAAGAGCUGUGUCAAGAGCAUGAAAAAUUGACUGAAAAAGGUCCUGGACUGGGCAGAGUGGUUUUCGAAGUGUUUGUAUGCAGUGUCUACCGUCCCCUACCUGAAAAUGUCACUGCUGUCUGCUUCAGUCACUCUCGGGUCAUCACCUCACGACUGCCUCACCUAGGAAUCGUAGGAUUGCCCUCCUUAGAACCAAAAGACAGUUUACAUUUAGAUCGGUUGGGGGAAGACACACCUGGAAUCCCGUCACAGCGUGUGUCUUUGUCUCUGGGUAUUGGGUCCUUGGUGAUGAUCCAGUGAACGACGCCCCAGUUUGUUGUUUCUGAUUUGGUCCAGCCCAAAUGUAAGGUUUGAAUUUUUGGAAUUUUGUGAGUUGGCCCUUCUAAAUAUUCCCUCUGGGGCGACGGGAAAACUCAAAUUAUUUGUAGAGGGCUCCCAUUUCAAGUCUGGUGUUCAUUUCUCCAUGUAUCUUGUGUGGACCGUCACUGACAUGGAAAAGGCGAAAUCCACACCCCACGUUCUGUUACGGCGUCACUCACGCAGCCGGCGUGGGGACUCCGUCAGGGGGGGCUACGCUAUCUUUUCAGUAUGCGCUAAAAAACAGGCCACUGGGCUUUAACAGGUUCACACCUGGCGUUUUCCAUCUUGCUUCCUGUCCUGAUACAGCGUUUCCCACCUGUCAUCGGUCGCCGUUUUCUUUUGUACUUUAUAUUGAACUAAAUGUGUUUUGGGAAAUAAAUGGACUAGACUGGUCAUAGUUGUACUACUAAUUGUGGAAUAUCAGUAUUUUUUAUUAAAAUGGACCAAAGAAAUGUUU